AUGGCCAAGGAGCAAACCAUGGGAUUCCAGAUUCCUAGGAUCUGGGUAUGGUUGGCUUUGACACUUUCCUUCUCAAGUGCCUAUGACAUUAUUCCAGGUAGACCAAUCGACCACACUAAGUCUAUCUGCAGUUCAUGGGGCAACUUCCAUUACAAGACAUUCGAUGGAGUGAUCUAUCAGUUUCCGGGCACCUGCAACUAUAAUUUGGCUUCGCACUGUGGGGACUCCUACCAUGAAUUUUCUGUCCACAUCCAGCGUGCCAUAGAGGAUGGUGACCCAGUCAUUCACCAAAUCCUUAUUCAAAUCAAGGAUGUUACCUUAGAACUGAAGAGAGAUGCUAAGAAGGUGAAUGGGGAAAUCUUUGAAAGCCCUUAUUUCAACUAUGGAGUUUCAAUAACCAAGAAGGAUGGGUACACAAAGGUGCAUACAAAGAUUGGCCUGACCCUCACAUGGAACCAAGAAGAUUCAGUUAUGUUGGAGGUGGAUUCCAAGUAUCAAAACAAGAUGUGUGGCCUCUGUGGGGACUACAAUGGUGCUCCAGUCAGUAAUGAAUUCUAUCUGAAUGAUAUGCCACUCAACCCUAUCCAGUUUGGAAAUAUGCAAAACAUCAAUGAUCCCACUUUAACCUGCACAAAUGUAGAUGAGAGCCAACAAAUGAACGUGUCCAGUUGUGGGCAAUACUACUCUGUGUGCAAGAGUUACCUCAGCCAAAGUGCUUUUUCAUCAUGCCAAGAUCUUUUUGACAUAUCAGAUUAUGUUAUGGCCUGCAUGCUCGAUGUGUGCUCCUGUAGCAGUGCCGAUGUCUCAUGUCUAUGCAGUACAUUAACUGAGUUUUCAAGGCAAUGCACUCAUGCAGGAGGGAUCCCACAGAACUGGAGAACCAAUGACCUCUGUCCUAAACAGUGCCCUGGGAACAUGGUAUACAAGGAGAGUGGUUCCCCAUGCAUAAGUUCGUGUUCUCACCAUGAAAUAAAAAGCCAUUGUGAGGAACAUGAUGUAGAUGGCUGUUUCUGUCCUGAUGGCACAGUGUGGGAUGACUACAAUAAAGCAGGCUGCAUUUCAAUUAGCGAAUGUCACUGCAAGUAUCAAGAUCAGCUCUAUGCUCCAGGAUCAAAGAUUUUAAAUGAUUGUGAAGAAUGCUCUUGUAAUGCAGGUAAAUGGACCUGCACCCAUGGAAUAUGCCCCAAAGUUUGUUCCAUUGAAGGAGGAGCUCAUUUCAAAACAUUUGAUGGGAAAUCUUACAAGUUCCAUGGCAACUGUUACUAUUUGCUAACAAAGGCAAGGCAUGGUGAGACCCAUGCUAUUGUAGCCGAGCUGACUCCAUGCAAUGCUCACUCACGGGAGACUUGUCUAAAAACCAUCCAGUUCUACACAGAUGACAAUAAAAACGUCUUGUCCAUCAGAGCCGAUGGUUCUGUUUUAUUAAAUGAUCUCAAAAUUAGCAUCCCUCAAGUGACAGGAAGUUUCUCAGUUAUACAGCCCACAGAAUCAAACAUCUUUGUCAAGACAAAAUUUGGUCUCCAAAUUCAAAUCUAUCUUCUACCACUGAUGCAGCUGUAUAUUAGCAUGGAUAAUUCUGCUAAGAAUACCUUUGAAGGUCUUUGCGGUAACUUUAAUUACAUAGAAGGAGAUGACUUCAAAACAUCUGCAGGUAUAGAAGAAUCAACAGCAUCAGCCUUUGCCAACACCUGGAAAAUACAGUCUACCUGCCAAGAGUCAGUAGAGGUUUUAAUAGAUCCUUGCAGCUUCAGCAUUGAAACGAAAAUCUAUGCUGAGAAAUGGUGUUCUAAGUUAAGAGAUUCAGAGUCUCCAUUUUGGAAAUGUCAUUUUGCAGUAGACCCAGUAGAAUAUUAUAAGAGAUGUGAGUACGAUACCUGCAGCUGUAGUCAUAGCGAAGCCUGUAUGUGCGCAACACUGUCCUCAUAUGCCAGAGCCUGUGCUGCAAAAGGAAUCAUCUUGUGGGACUGGAGGAGAGGAAUCUGCGAUAAAGAGAUUCCCAGCUGCCCAGGCUCCCAGACAUACUUGUAUAACAUCACUACUUGCCAGUCUACUUGCCGCUCCCUGGCACUUGGAGAAAAAGAAUGUGACAGUGAAUUCACCCCAAUUGAUGGCUGUGGUUGCCCAGACGGAAUGUAUCUCAAUGAAAAAGAUGGUUGUGUUCCCAUAUCACAGUGUUCUUGCUACCACCAAGGAAUGUAUCUUAGACCAAAUGAGGUUUUCUACAAAUUAGAUGAGCGAUGUCACUGCCAUGAAGGAAAACUUAAUUGUGAAUCUUUUAUCAAUGAGAGUUUCUUAUAUCAGAUGGGGGCAGGCUGCAUCUCUGGAUGUGUGUGCCCAGACGGUUUGCUUGAUGAUGGGAAUGGAAGAUGUGUCCAUGAAAGUUCCUGCCCUUGCUCAUAUAAUAAUGAAGUGUUUCCUCAUGGAUAUAGGCUGAUUGAGGAAUGCAAAUCCUGCACAUGUGAGAGUGGGCUUUGGUCAUGCAUACAAACACCUUGUUAUGGAACAUGUACCAUCUAUGGGAGCGGCCAUUAUAUUACCUUUGACAAGAAAUUCUAUGAGUUUGAUGGAAGUUGUGAAUUUGUAGUUGCUCAGGACUAUUGCGGUGACAGUGCAUCAAAUGGUACUUUUAAAAUAAUCACAGAGAAUAUCCCAUGUGGCACUACUGGAGUAACAUGUUCAAAAUCUAUUAAGAUAUAUUUAGGGAAUACAGAACUGAAGUUGACUAACAGUCACAUGGAGAAAAAGUUUGGAGAAUCUGAAACUGAUGUGAAGUAUAGAAUCCGUGAAGUGGGUCUUUACUUAGCAAUUCGUACAAGCAGUGAUAUUUCCCUCAUCUGGGAUAAGAAAACCUCCUUAUUAAUCAGAUUGCCUUCUUCUUACAAGGGCAAAGUUUGUGGCCUGUGUGGAAAUUAUGAUGAUAAUUCCAACAAUGACUUCCUGACCAGCCAACUGAUACAAGCCAGCAAUGUAAUACCAUUUGGAAACAGUUGGAAGCGUAGUAAUGAGUGUCCUGAUGCAAAUAGUAUUCCCCAGCCAUGCCUGGCAGCACCCCACCGCAGAUCUUGGGCUGAAAAGAAGUGUGACAUUAUCACCAAUGAUGUAUUUCGAAGCUGCCAUAGCAAGGUGGAUCCAAAACCCUUCUAUGAUGCUUGUGUAAAUGAUGUGUGCUCCUGUGACACUGGUGGGGACUGUGAGUGCUUCUGCACUGCUGUGGCUGCCUACGCUCAACUCUGCGCUAAAGCAGAUGUCUGUAUUCACUGGAGAACACCAGAAAUAUGUCCAAUAUUCUGUGACUACUAUAACACCAAUGAGAAUGAAUGUAUGUGGCACUACUUUGCUUGUGGUCCAGAGGAUAGAAGCAUCCACCACAUUACCAAGUACUGCCACUCACCAUCUGUCACACACCUGGAAGGGUGUUACCCAACUUGUCCAGCUGAACGCCCAUACUAUGAUGAAAUACAAAAAAAAUGCUUCAAACAUUGUCCCUGUAUUAUCAACAAUAUUACCUACAGCUCUGGUGAGCACAUUCCUAAUUCUGACCCCUGCUUAAUUUGUUAUAAGAAAGGGAAAUUAUUUACAGAUUUCAAUUUCUCUUUCAGCACUUGUGAUGAGCAUGGAGAAAAGAGUUGUUCUCGCAACUCAGAAUGCUGCAUAGAUAACUUUACUACUGGCACACCUUCAAUACAUCCACCAGAUACAACUAUUUCAAUACAUGCUUCAAAAGGACUCUGUGCUCAUAGGAAAUGUGUCAACGGAAAAAUAAUUACCACCACCAAACUGUGUUCAAUCCCAACCACCACUACUGCAAUCCACCGAACCACAACACACACCACAAAAUGUACCUGUUAUUAUAAUGGAACUGUAUAUACACCAGGUCAGGAAAUAACACGUAGUGUUGUUUAUGGAAAAUGCUACAAAGUUGUAUGUGAUGGCAAUUGUGGGGAACCACCUGCAACUGAGAUACCUUGUACAACAACAACAACACCAACAACUACACACACUACAACUAAUACAACUACAAGUACAACUAAAACAACCACCAAGUCAACCACUGUCACAACAAUCAGUACAACUACUCCAUGUGUGCCCCAUACAAGCUGGCAGAUUUGUAAUUGCACUAAAGCUGUAUGUAAUUCAAAUGGUCAACUACAGAUUGUUCAAAAAUCUUGCACACCUCCACCAGAGAUUACAUGUGCCAAUAAAAUGAAGCCAAUAGCUGUGCCUGAUGAUGACUCCUGUUGCUGGCAUUGGGAGUGUCCUUGUAUGUGUGGUGGUUGGGGAGAUCACUAUCUUACCUUUGAUGGAACCUAUUAUGCAUACCAAGGAAGUUGUUCCUACGUUCUUAUGGAAGAAAUUGUGAAAACAGUUGAUAACUUUGGCAUUUACCUCGACAACUAUCACUGUGAAGAUAAAACUGGUAUUACCUGCCCACGCAAACUUACUGUACGACAUAAAAAUCAGGAAAUUACAAUUUCACCCAAAACAUUUUCUCCUAUAAGCUUAGAGACUCGUGUAAAUGGAGAUCUCGUAUUGCUUCCGUAUACACAAUAUGGAAUAACAGUUUACCAAUCCGGAGUAUAUGUAGUAAUUGAAAUACCAGAGCUGCAGACAAAUGUCACUUAUAAUGGUUUGACCUUCAGUAUAAUGAUGCCAUUUGGAAAGUUUUAUAAAAACACACAUGGACAAUGCGGUACUUGUACCAACAACCAAGCUGAUGACUUUUUGAUGGCUAAUGGUAAAAUCACAACUAACGCUGUAGCUAUGGCUGAUUCUUUUAUGGUGCAUAACCCAGACAAGCCUCGAUGCAAGAGCAUUCCUCCAGUACAUCCUAAAACUUGCAAAUCUCCUCUCUGUGAUCUCAUCAUGGGACCGGUUUUCCAAAACUGCCAUGCAUUCCAUUCACCAGAACCUUUCUACCAAGCCUGCCUUUUGGACAGCUGCAAUAAGGCCAAUUCAAACAAUGAAUGUACAAGUUUACAACAUUAUGCUUCAAUCUGCGGUGAUCGUGGUGUCUGCAUUCAGUGGAGAAGCCAUGCCUCAACUUGCCCAAUGACUUGUCCUUCUGACAAAGUGUAUAAUGCAUGUGGCCCGGCUCUUCCUAUAACCUGCCAAUCUAUACCAGCAGAUGCAAUGUCACUGAAACAUGACAGACGUGUUAUGGAAGGAUGCUUCUGUGCCAAAGGCAGCAUGCCAUUUAGCAUGGCAACUGAUGUCUGCGUAAGCAGCUGCGGAUGUGUUGGGCCAGACAAUGUUCCCCGCAAGUAUGGAGAAUCCUUUGAGUAUAAUUGUGAGACCUGCACAUGUUUGAAGGGUGGUCGUGGAAUAACCUGCCAAAGACAGCAGUGCCAUCAUGUAAGAAAUGAGGAGUGUACUCGGGAAGGUUUCUACAAAGUGACUCAAAUCAGUUCUACAAACAAGUGUUGUGAAGAAACUGUAUGCAGAUGUGACCUAAGUCGUUGCUCAAAUACCUUCCCUAAAUGUGGGCCUGGAUUUGAACUUAAGUGGGGCAUCAAAGAAGGGCAUUGUUGUCCUACUUAUGUUUGUGAACCAAAACAUGUUUGUGUUAGUGGAAACGCUGAAUACUUGCCUGGGUCUCAUGUUUACUCAGAGAAGUGCGAGAGCUGUAUCUGUGAACAACAUAAAAACAAUUUUUCAAUAGCCUGCCAUCCAAUUGUCUGCAACAUACACUGCCCAGCUGGUUUUAAGGUGAAGAAAAAUUCCCCAACUGACUGUUGUGGUACCUGUCAGCAAACCAACUGUGUUGUUAAGUAUGGUGGAUCCAACCGGCUUAUGAAUCCUGGAGAUGUUCUGCCCUCCAUGAAUGAUAACUGCACAAUGUACAAAUGCUCAUUAAUUAAUGAUCAGUUCGUCACCACUGUCUCCCAAACCUCUUGCCCCUCAUUAAAUGAAGAAGAAUGUGAGCCUGGAAGCAUUCAACUUUCACAUAAUGGAUGCUGUAAAACAUGUAUCCAAAAGAAGAGCUCCUGCAAGCUACAGGCAGUUGAUGAUUACUUGACCUACCAAGGCUGCACAUCAGUGACAAGGGUCAGAAUGUCUCGCUGUGAAGGAUCUUGUGGAACCUUUUCAAUGUACUCUUCUGAAGAACGUACUAUGUCCAAAAAAUGUUCUUGCUGCCAAGAGGUUCAGACUGCAAGAAAUAAAGUCACCCUGAGGUGCCCUGAUGGAACAUUACUUGAUCAUGAGUACAUUGAUGUGCUGGAGUGCAAGUGUGCUGGCACCAAAUGUCAUGAUGGAAACGUCUAGUAUAAACAUUUAAAUCUUU